UCCUCGCUAUGCUUCUGUCUCCCGGUGGACACGGGUUCUGGGCUUUCCUCCUGGUAUGGGUCGUCCGGAUCGUCACACUGUCCUUCAUAUUCCGCAUGUAUGCGGGGCCUGCUCUACUCAAGCUCGUCUCAAAGCGUCUUCGAGUGCGUAGUGUCAGCCUUCGCUCCAUACGCGGAAUAUACUUCCGUGCUGGAAGCGGCACGAUCCGCAUUGACCGCGUCGGCAUUUCAUACCAUCGCCCAUCUCCUACGACGGCUAGUCGUUUGACGCUUCUCGUCGAGGGAUUGAAGCUACGCCCCUCGCUCAAGCGUAGGCGCUCCUCGCCUGCAAGUCGUUUCGGUGACCGCGUGCGUCUGGCGACCUUCGCUGCCUUGCGGUCAACAUGGAACUUCCUGGAUCCUUAUGUCCGUCCAUUCAUACGAACGUCAAUCGUUUCGGUUCUUCGGUUCGUCAUCCUCAUCGACUUCGAACUCGACUCGGCCGUGGCCACCUAUGCUGCACUUCCUGGCGUCGAACUCGUCCUGAAGCAGGCAAAGGUCAAGACAAAAGUAUCGCUAUCUAUAGUGGAUAAUGUCGUAAUCCCUGGAGCUUCGGCUGCACCCAACCCCAACCACUGGAACGCCAGGGUUCAGAAUAGCCUGCGACGCACCUGGGACAGAGCAUGGGGAGCUACGCAGGUGACCGCCUCAUUGUCUCUACGCCUCAAAGGUAUCUCGGCUACUGCGUCCCCUUUGGCUCUGAAGGAUAUGCCGACGGCCCUCCAUGCGAGCACGAGAUGCUUCAUAUAUCUACCAGGGACCAAAUUCAAAGCGUCGGUUCGCAUCGAUCCUCACCGCGCCGUCGAGUCGCAUAGCGUGGAGACAACUCUACUUGUCGAUUCUUUGGACGUACACACCGACGUCAUCCAGUAUCUUUUGAAGCGGUUGAGCGCCGGAAAGAAGGCGAAGACGAAUGGCACUGCUACAGGUAACGAAAACUCGAGUUCAUCUCCCGUGAACCCUCUCCCGCCAGGGUUUGGCCCGCCUUCGCCGCUACUCAGCCCGUGGUCGCCCGUCCGGAGCCCACUCUCGCCUUCACACCGAGUUUCAUUCUCAGCGCUUUCCCCACCAGAUCCUAGGCCGCUCUCUCCACGAGCUAGCACGUUUUCACCGAAUGAGAGCAGCCCACUUUCACCAUCUCCAGCAACUACUCGCAAGCCGAUGUGGUCGUCCCCCAUGUCUCCUGGUUCGCCAUUGAUGGAAGCAUUUCUUCCGUAUGCAUCGCUGAAACUGGGCUGGGGCGCCAAGCCGAUUCCAGUACGCAGGCUCAAUAGCCGCAAUUCGCGUCUAGCAUUCCUGAAGGGCAUUGACAUUACGGUCUCGAAGCUGACAAUGAAGCACUCUCUGCCUAGGAUAGAGACAGGCGUCGCCCAGACCUUCGAGAUGGCACUACAUGACUUCCAUGUCGGAGCGGGCCUCAGUCAUCCCGAUACGACACCGCUGCACCGGCAACACCUUGGUUCUAGGAGUGUACCCAACGACCCCCUUAGCUCGGACGUUUACCGUCUCACAGUUUCUGCUCAUCAAGUGACGUUGGACCGGUUUGGUUCGGGCGCACUGGUGGAUCACCUUCGACUACUGUCCAUCAGCUCCAUCUUCGCGGGGGCCGUCGUCUCGCAAUGGCCAACACCCUGGUUGAAGGGCCCGGCGUUCAUGUCGGGUGACCCAAACUCUCAGCUACUGGCCAUCGACGUAGAGUUGGGCACUGUGGAAGUGACGGAGAGGUUGGAAGUCUUGCAUGCCAUGAUGGCGAAGACAAAGCCGCCAAAGCCAAAGACCGAGGCACGCUCACCGUUGCCUACGGUGCUCUCCCCGGUGCCGCGCAUCGCCUUCGGCUUCAAGGUCGGCCCUGUCGUGGCUCGCCUCAUCUCGCUGAGCCCGGGAAAUGACGAGACGCCGUUUGCAUUGGAAGCGCGGACUGACGGCCUGGCAAUCUCGUUGCAUUCUCAGUAUGUGUCGCUGCCGGACAAACGAUUGGCGCACGUGUCGCACGAUCGUAUUGGGCUACAGAUGGACGUCCUCCUUGCUUGUCAGCUGCAGCGCACCUUCGUCGGCCGGUGGGAGCAACCCCGCGAGAGCUUGCUCUCCAUUGACACCAUACAGGUCACGGCGAGCGGUAACGCCCUUGGCGACGUUGCGGACGAAGUGCAUAACACCGUUACCGUCGAUGUACCCUCUGCGUAUACGGAUCUCCAGUGUUCUACGGAAGCCAUCUCCGUUGAGCUGUGGCAGCCCGACGUCAUCAAAGCUCUUUCCAGUAUCCUAGCAAGCUUCGCUGGCACACCGAAUCCCCCGUCACCAUCGCCCCGUUCUCGUGCACUUGAACAGUUGCCCUUCGGUCUGUCCGCCUCCGUAGCUGUUGGACGCUUUGUUCUGUUUGUCACGGCUCCGGACAUCGCGCCUACGGAGGAUCUGGGAAUCUCGCGCGGGAUCGCAGUGCAUCUGGGUGCUUGCUUCAGUUAUUGCGCCGUCCAUAGCAGGCACGCCGAGCGCAUCCAUGGCAUCCGGCCACGGAGUCAGACCCGCCUGCGGUUGUCGCUGCCGACGGAACAUGUCAUGAAAGCGGUGGCCGGGAGCAGUCCGCCUGUAGCAACUCGGAGCACUCGGGCUCUAGUAGGGGUCAACCUCUGGGACAUGGUUGUCAGAGAUGCCGUUGCGACUAAAUUCUCUGCCGACGAUCCGUAUUGUCUCGCGGAACUGGACGCUGAGCUCGGCACACGAGAGUUCCUACGCAUCAGAAGCAUCGACGUCGAAGGAAUCUUGACCGGCGUCCGUCCGAAUGGUGCGUUCCAACCAGUGCAUAAGGACGAGCUGGUCAUCACGGCCACCGCGUCACUAAUUCGUGGCACCCUCCGUCUCGCUCAACUCUACAACGUCUUGCUUGCUGUGAAGACGCUACAAUCUAUCGCGCCUUCCCGACCGAAGAGCAGCCAGCCUAGCUCCACUACCUCUGUGCUAGUGACACUGCAGUGCGAUAUCAAGCAGAUGCAGCUCCUCUUGCUGUUACCUGUGCAGACAAAGCUGUACUUGCGAGCCUCGUAUCUGUGCUGCGAUGUGACUUCCCAGUCGACUGUUGCGAUCAAAUGGAGCAGCAUAGUUCUGGCAGUCAACGCGUCCACGGAAUGGGAGGAAUUUGCAUGUCUCGCCGAUUGGCGUGUGAGCUUACCACUCAAGACUCGCCCCCUCGUGGUCAAUGUCGAAGCCGACGGCGCACGUCUACGCAUACCCUUCGACUACGUUCUGGCCGAUCUCAUCCUCGACAUCAACUUGACUAUCAAGAGCGCGAAACAUCUUGUUCGUAUGGUAGCCGCAGGCAAGUACCACAGACCGACCGCGCCGGAAGCCGAAUCAGCGAAGGUGUUGCCCAAAAUGAUAGCUGCCGACGAAGAGUUCGAGUCUAGGCUUGGGCUGAUCUGGCGGGCGGGAUUCCCAGCAGCCGGGCUUCGGCGGGAACGAGAUGAAGCCUUCGAGGCGAAGGUAUCGACAAUUUCUGCGUCACAAUCGACCCAUGCGCUACCACGGACUCGCGAGGCGGAAUCUGAUUUCCAGUUCAGUGCUAAGCAUACUGUCUCCGUUGCAGAUGCACGCCAGCGCCUGUUCCAGGUUCAUUCCGUCGCUUGGAGAUCUGCAUACUCGAAGUCCAGGUCAACUCAGGCGGCGCAUGAACAGCAUCGCCUACGCCAUGCCCUCGGCGACCACGCGAACGCGAAGGAUGUUGACGAUCUUGUACAGGUCAACCCUACGAACAACCUGCCCCCUCUAUUCCGCUUGACCUUCGACUCGCUGGCACUCAACCUCGAAUCUCCAGCCUGCCUCAUUGAAAACGUGUCCGACUUCUUGCAUGACGCAGGUAGUGGGCUGCCCAAAGACACACGGUUCUCUUUGCUAGUCCCGCUGCAUAUUAGCUUCACUGUGUCAUCAGCACGCCUCUCUCUGCGCGAGUAUCCCUUACCCAUGCUCAACAUACCUGCGAGCAGCACAUCUUCACCGGCUCUGGCAUUCGACAGUGAUGUCGUCAUAGCAGAAGAGAUGGGAAGCGAACGCUCCGUGGACUGGAUCAAGUCAGUAGUCGUCAAGGAAAAUUACGGUGUUCAUGGUGCCUCUCCUCUCUCGAUAAGUGUCCCAAAGACGAUAAUGCCGGUGAAAUCAUACGCACGCCCGACAAUACGUGUCCUCACCAAUGACGUGACCGAUUUCGCUUGGGGCGUGAGCUACGGCGCUGCGACACAGGACCUCAUGCGCGAUCGUUCACCACCAAUCGGCUUCUGGGACAAGCUGAGGCUUAUUUUCCACUGGCGUGUAAAGGUCACGUUUGAGAAUGAGGUCCAUCUGCACAUGAAAGGCUCGCGCGACCCGUAUGAGCUAACGGGAACAGGUUCAGGCUUUGCCCUGUGUUGGCGGGGCAGUCCCAGCAUCCUGAUAGGGCAACCUAACGAACAGGGUGAACUCAUGCAAGUGAAGAGCGACUCCAUGCUAAUAGUUAUACCUAACGUUCAAGAUAAGUGGGGUGCUCAGCCAACAUCUGUAUCGUCGGCAACAUUCUCUACUUCCAAUCCAAAAAGGCUUCGCGAGGCUAAGCCCUUCGACCGCAAGUGCCGUAUGUUUACGUUCCGCCCCCAUUACGAUGUCAAGCUCGAAACCAAAGCAGUCAUUCCCGAGAUCAAGUCUGCAGCCGAUUCCUACAAUGGGUUUCGAUCGGAUUUCAUCCAUAUGUCCAUAUCCCUUGAGUCUGCUCUUCACGUAAGAGAACACUCUGGCCCCCAAGCUAGUAGUCUCCACUUGUCUCCUGAAGUAUUUGAGCAGUUCUGGGCCUGGUAUCAAUUGUUUGACCAUGCGCUGUCACUACCCAUCCGGCAGGGCUCCCAUUACCCUCGCAAACGACCCGUCUCUCCCAAGUUUGGACAACAUCUGGCGACUCUGAAAUACCGAUUUGCUAUCUCCCAACUCUUCCUCUCUCAUGUCUACGUGGACAAUUCGCGCGACGCAUGGGCCGACGGCGUCACCCCGUUCGUUGGCGUGAAGGCUCUCAUCGAUCGCUUCCAAGCGGACAUGCAUCAGAGGGACCAAGAAAGUACUCGCAUGACGGACGAGGGGCCUCAAGUCGUCCACCAUAAAUCCUUCUACGCCAUCGAAGUGGCGAUGAAGCAGCUGGAUCUCCGUACGAUGUUGGCUGUGUUUCCUGAGCCACUCAAGCAACAGGUCCAGAUGGACCUGUCGCCGCUUGUCAGUGAUUACAGGACGAAGAUCAAGACCGAGCCCAUACCAGCAGACUCUCCCUGGAUUGACCUGGACGACUUUGAUGACGCUCAAUCAUCUACUGCUACGCCGGAUGUACACCUAUUACGCGCUGCCUUUUGUCCUCAAUUCACGUACUUCAAGCGUCCGGUGGACCCAGGACUGGUACCACAGGGCAAAGUAGUUGAGCGAAGUAAGUUCGGCAAUGAGGAGACACAUGUGUGUUACCUUGGGAAAGAGGCUUCUGUGACGCAGACGCAGCUUGCACUCACAGGUGCUCGGAUCAAGGAGUUGCAAGAGAAGCUGAUACAUAAGGCAGGCCGUACAAUGGACAAUGGUUUCCUCAGUGUUCCGCAAGCGAAAGCACCACAUGCGGCGGACAUGACUGGUGACGAUGCAGAUGAUCUUCGCAAGAAAAUCAACCUUCUGAACAAAUAUGUGGCUCACCUACACAGGGCAGAUGUUACAUCUAAUCCCCAUGCGUCGCACGGCAUCCAUAGCUAUCAAAUGCCGUCUGAAGCAGUCUCUGCAGACGAUUGGGCUGAGUUCGACAAUGUCUACCAGAUUCACUCUCCUCAGAUCUUCCUGGAUCACAUCAUCCGCGAUGUGAUGAUGCAGUACUACUACUGUUCUAGGGCCAAACGAGGUAUUGAAUAUCAUAUGGCGACCCGUGCCGUGAAGUUCAUCCGUGACCAGGCCCGGACUGUGCUUGUUGACACACCUCAGGAGAAGGAACAACAUCGAGGGCCUGUGGCCAGUGCGCAGGCUGCUGCCCUCGCGGUGCGCAAUUUUCUCGUUGGGGACCAUGCAUCGAGUCAUGCUGGCGAGGAUUCACAAUAUCCGUCACUCGAUACACCGGGACCCAUGGAUCCCCUCGGCGGGUGGUCUGAUGGAGUCUCUCUUCGGAAGAGCCACUUCUGUCUCCUGCUCAAACCCCAGAUUGUGCUUCGUAGCGGCAAUGAUACCGAUACCGGGCCGGAUUCUGUAUGCAUCUUAGCCGCUCUACAAGGAAAGCUGAGUUCCUUUGCCAUCCUUGACGAUGCAAACGCAGACGAUCCAGUCAGCGGCAAAGUGAUGAGUCGUAAUUUUGCCUCUGUUUCCGGUCUGCAGGUGUUCUCUCCGUCUGCGGCGAAUACGUCUGGAGAAGGGUCUGUACCUCUUGAGGUGCUGAUCGACUUGCGCUGCGAAAACAAAGCAUUCGAUCGACUAGUCCCUCAAACCGAUGCAUCCUUCCAAUACGACAAGUUCAACAGACUGCGCUUGCGCAACGACAUAACCUCCAUCGCGCAUACGACUGAAGACAGGGAUCGUCAACACGACCACUUACACAACCAGACCGACUUGAUCAGAGUUCACGUCCCCCGCUUCAUAGUGUCUGCCAACGACAGACAUUUCCAAGCCAUAUCGAACAUCGUCACGAACCUUGUCCUGUUCUCUAAUGCCGCCUCAAAGGACCGGUCAGACAAGCUAGAGAAGAUGGUCUUCAGCUACGACUUCACGAAUCUGGGGUCAGCUGCGGAUGUGGUGGCGGACAUGCAAGCUCGUCUGCGCCAUGCCUUUGAGACCAGACGCGAGGCCGUACGUAAGCUUCGCGGGGCAGGAGACCAAGGCCAGGUCGAGAUAUACAAGAUUGAUGCGCAUAUUAUGCUCCUCGCCGAAGAGCUCAACUUGACAUUCGACGCGAUCAAGAUGGCUCAGGACAAGUCGACAGAACAUUCGAACAGAAACAGACGCGAACAGCUACUAGCGAAGCUAGCUGUACGUGAUAUUCACUUCUACUGGCUAAGCAGGCAGGAUAGUUCUCUCGUCAACAAUCUGGUUGUCGGAGACCUACAGGCUUUCGAUGGCGCUGCGGAUGCCGAGUGGACGGAAAUACUGUCAAAAUACGAGGAAGCCUCUACGCAUCCGCUAGUGAAGCGGAAGCUGUUCCUUCUGGCCGAUUGGAUCGUAUUGCCUGCAGUGGGUGGCAUCACAAUAUACGAGCGAUUCGAGGUCACUCUCCACCCCAUGCGGUUACAAAUCGACACGCGCAUUGGUCGCCGGAUCAUGGAAUACGUCUGGCCUGCACGUCGUGAGAGGCAACAAGCGAAGGAUGAGAUCCAGACCUUCGAUACUCUCAUGGAGUCACCAAUAACUGAAGAACCUGUGGACAUCAUCAUCGUACCUGAGAGUCCCAUGAGCCCGCGACGUUCUUCGUGGGACGUGUCGCCGCGGACGCGCGAAGACCCCCACAAAGCAGCAACGUCGCCUUUGCGUAAAUUGGGUGCCUCGCGAUCCUUCACGGACUUGCGGAAGGCCAGAACGGAUUCGCUCCGACCUCCUACUCCCACUCUGCAUAAAACUCGUUCAACAGAGGGAUUAUCGCACGAGGCACAUCCUAUGAGGCAGGUAUCGAAGUCUGGCAGUGAUGCGAAGGAUCGGACGCUUCCCCUACGCAAAGGCAAGGACGUGGAUGAUGCCACCGAGAUGAAGACUAGAUCAUCACAGAAAACAUUUGUGUGGGUGAGAGUGAACAGUCUCCAUUUCUUGCUCAGCAUCGCGAAGGAAGACUCCUUCCUGUGCCGGGAUGCAAGGAUCCGCACAAGAGAUCUUGAGUAUCGCAAUCAGACUUCGAGUUUCGAGGAGCUCGUGGACCAGUUCAUUCCCAGCGGCCGCAACUGGCGAGGCUGGGUCAAAAUGGCCUUCCAGCAGCCUCUGCCAAGACGAAGUGGAUCAAGUCCUCAUCCCACAGCCACACCCCGAAGCAGAGCCCCGUCCCUCCCGUCCUCCACAUCAAGCCUCAAUCCCUUCCACAGCCGACACUCCGGCACUGGGUCGUCGCCAAGCACGACGGCGUCCUCGAGCACUGUGCCCUCCGCGCCUGCCACCCCGCCAGUAGCUCCGCGAGCGGCAAGACGGCGCACGCGCUCGCUGUUCUCUCUGCAUCGCAACCGCGUGUCGUCGCCCCCGCCGGUGCCGUCGGUGCCGCCGAUGCCCAUCGUCACGCCCGAGCUCUCUUCGGAGCCCGAGUCUCUGCAGGAGCAGACGGAUGCCUCCGCGGAGAAGCGGACGCGUCGCCCGCGGGUGCUGAGCGUGUUCAAGCGGCGGCAGCACUCCGCUGGUGUCGUUCGGGGCAGCAUGGAGUCGGACAUGUCCAAUGCCAGCCUGUCCUCUCGGCCUUCGGGACAUUCGCGGGUAGAGUCCACUACGACGGACGAGUCAUUCACAUAGGCAACCUUCCUUACACCUUCAUCUACUUACCGCAUACCGCGCGUCAGCAUCAUCACUGCUCCCACCCUCAUUGCCAUCGCUACUCUACAUCCGAGCAUGUGUUGUAUAAGCAUAUUUUUAUGUUAUCUGUAUUCGUCGACUAGUCGCAGUAUCUAUUAAUCAGAGCA